GGCGGCCAUAUUGGGAUGACGUCAAUGUUUACAUCUUCUGCUUGCUGUUGAAUAUUUUCGUAGGGUUAAAACGUUGAGACAAAGAAUUUUCAAGUUGAUAUCAAUAAAUAGCUAAUAAAAUGAUAAAGCAAGUAUUCUUGGGUACUGCUUUGAUUGCUGCAACAGCUCUCAUAUCAGUGAAUGCAUUUGGAAUCGGAUCAACCUUAUACUGCUACGAAUGCAUUUCAACGCAUCCUGGGUGUGACCAUCAAUUCAACUGGUGGUACUAUUGGAGUAAAGCAUGUCCAGAAAUUGACGAUAAAUGCGUAAAAAUAAUCGAGAAAAAAGGAGCGGAAGAAAUAAUCACAAGAGAUUGUCUGAGUUCUCUGCGUGCUGUGAGGACGGAUAUCCCAGCUGAUCACUACGAAGGCUGCAGACCAGCAGCACAUGAUGUCAAGCUGGCCCACUAUGUUAACAACUCAAUCAAGGAGUUGGAUAUUAAAAGGGACCAUUACGACUCGGUGAACUGGUGUUUCUGUUACUUUGACAACAGAUGUAACCACUCUUCAAUCACGGCCGUCUCAUCAGGCCUCCUGUUUUCUGCACUCAUUGCUACGCUCACCUUUUUCAGGAUAUUUUCUUGAGAAUUUCCAAAUCUGCAUCACAUCUAGCAAACAUAGUGACAUAUUUCCACCACGAAAAUACGAACAUUGACAUUUCAUUAAGUGCACUUUAACCUUUUUCAGGAUAUUUUCUUGAAAAUUUCCAAAUCCGUAUCACAUUUAGCCAACAUAGUGAUUUUUUCGCGACAGAAAUACGAACGUUGACAUUCCAUUUAGUGCACUUUCUCGUUUUUCAGGAUAUUUUCUUGAAACGUUCCAAAUCCACAUCACAUUUAGCAAACAUAGUGACAUCUUUUCACCACAAAAAUACUAACAUUGACAUUCCAUCAAGUGCACUUCAACCGUAAGAUAGUAUUGUCAUAGAGAUAAGUUAGCAUAAGAAGAUAUCCCAUGGUUUAUAGAAUUCAUUCAAAUUGAAUGAAAAAGACUAAGAAAUUAUUGUCAAAAACCACAGAUUUAUUGAUACUUAGAAAUAUAUGAUCAUAGAAUCUGUGGUUUUUGACAAUUUCUUAGUCUUUUUCAUUCAAUAUGAAUAAUUACCACAGUAUCAACUUCUCAACUACACAAAAAAUUCAUUCAAAGUUUGGAAGUUUUGUAUCAAAUUCUGAUUGAUAUCAAGCAUUGAGUCAAAUGUUUCAAUUGAACAUGAAAAGAUAUUUCGUGAAUUGCCCAUCCCGGACGUGGACAAGCCAAUUCUCUCCUUUAUUAUAUUAUAUAGAUUUUACACAAAUUGAAAGCAUUUCUGUUAAUUGGAAAUCAUUGAUCAAAUUUGAAGCAUAUUUUGAAUGGAGAGCAUUUUCAUGUCAAUGAGUGCACUUCUGAUAUAAGAUUGUUUAUCAGUCUUUUUGAAAACAUUUUUUUCAAUACUGGAAUAUUUGUUCUCGCUAUAGUAGGAUCUCUCGUAUAUGGUGAGAUUUACUUUAAACUGUCAACAUUUUUCAAAUGGUAAUCUCACAAAGUUGAUAUGUGUUCAUCAGGCAGUUGACUGUUAAUCUAAUCAUGUCUCAGAAUUUUAUAAAUUUUUAAUUCUAUACUAACUGUGAAGUUUAAAAACUGUAUGUGUUUUUCAAUUUAUUCAUUGCAUUGUAAGAGGAUUUCUAUGAUUUUCUACAACUGAUUUAAUUCAUGUAAUUAGAAGAAAUACUGACAGUUUCAAGCUCAUGUUAUAGGUUCAUGACUCAUCAAAGAGAAAACGUUGGCCCGGUUGCACAAAAGCCGGUUAAAUUUUAACCGUGAUUAAUUUCACGAGAACCAAUCAGAGAAGGCUUUUUUAAAAGACGGUUUCUCUGAUUGUUCUCUUGGAAUUAAUUAUGAUUAAAAUUAAACCGGCUUUUGUGCAACCGGCACUUAGUCAUAGGUACAGUAUUUUAGUUGCUGCAAAUUUAGUUUUAAUAGUUGGUAUUAUCAAAUCACUCAUGUAAGGAGGAACAUUAUUUUGCUGGGACAUACUGCACUUGGUAUUUGUUUGUAGUUUAUUUUUCAAUUAUAAUUUCAGGUGUCCAAAUGAUUCAAUAUAGGAUAUGUUCUUCCAGUAGUAACGAAAAUAUUUUAAAAUCAAAUACUGUAAUAGUUUUAAUAGGUUGAUAAGCUAGAAUAGGUUUAAGAAUCUCACAAAUUUAGAGUAUGUGAUAUUGCCUUAUAUCUUUAUAUUAUAAUAGUUGUAAGUAUCCAAACAUAAUUUGCUAUUUUAAUGUUGAAAAUAUGUCAAUUGUAGUCUAAUCCGUCCAUUGAAUGUUUUAUUCAAAUUUCAUUUUUAUAGAAUUUUUUUAUUUUUGAAUUUAGUAGCUUUUAUAAGUGCUGAAGUGCCUAAAUUUAUCAGAAUUCAGCUAUUUUCAAUAAUACUGUUCCUCGGCUGAUUCAGGCUUUGUAUGAAUAUUUUUUAUAUUAUAAAAAAUGCUAAAGUACUCUGUAUCACAAAAACAAAGACUUAAUACAAAUCCAUUCUUGUGUUAAAUAUGUAGUGCCGGGAAUCUCAUUUCUCAUCUCAUAUUAUAGGCUUAUUCCGUCGUAGCCAGGUUAUGAAUUAUUAUAUAUACCAUAAAGAAGAAUAAUUUAUGAACUUAUUUUAUUGAAAUAAAUUGAUAAGUUACUCAAAAAGUUGAUAUGCGUUUAUCAGGUAGUUGACUGUUCAUCUAAUCAUGUCUCAGAAUUUUAUAAAUUUUUAAUUCUAUACUAACUGUAAAGUUUAAAAACUGUAUGUGUUUUUUCUAUUUAUUCAUUGCAUUGUAAGUGGAUUUCAAUGAUUUUGUACAACUGUUUUAAUGUUUGAUAUGCAUUUUCUUUACUCUUGGAAUAAUAAAAUUUUCAAUUAGAAA